UUUGGCAUUAAAUAUUAAUUGUAGGUUGGACCUUAACAAAUUAAACAAUUUAAUUAAUUUUUACAUUACUCUAAAUUAAAAAUAAAUAUUUUUUUUACAAACGUACCAAGCUGUACUAGUGUCUUUUUUUCUUACCGUAUCAACAUACCUGUAUCGUACCAGUACUAGUACUCGUACUUGUAUUUGUGCUUCAUAGUUUAUAUACGAGACUAUUAGUUUGGAGAAUUUGGUAUUACCAAUCCCUUAAGAUUUUGUAUUCUAUUUCAUGUUUGAAAUGUCAUCAGAUUUGGAGGGAAUUAGUAGAAUUUUAUCAUAUUUCAUGGUUGUUUAGAAUUAUUAGACAUGAAUUAUGUAGUGUAAUGACUAUAAUGAUCAAAUAUAAAGGUAUUUUUGUCUCUUAACUCCUUAAUUUAGACUUUUCUUAGAGUAAUUCCAUUUACACACAAUCAUUAUUCUCGGUACAUAUCAUUGUCCAAUUUUUUUAAUUUCCAUUGUCCUUGAUUGAAAUUACCAUUUUGGACAAAAACCCUAAAAUCAAAUCCACCAGUAGACCUCCCCUCCGGUGACACCAUCAAUUAGCCACCGUCGGAGCCUUUCCAACCCAUUGCACCAACUCCUUCUCUAGCAACUCUCAAUCUACUCUUUGUUGCAUCUCUCUUUCUCUUUCUCUCUCUCCCUCUCUUCUUCCAGCCUUUAUCUUUUACGCCUCCCUUUUCUGCCGUCGCCAUUGCAACUUGUAUCUUCGUCUGAGAUUUGAAAACCCUAGGUUUUUUUCUCUCUCUCUCUCUCUCCUUCAAUCUUUUCAUGUAGUGGACAAAAAUUGGGUUACGAUGGAAGGGGUGGGGAGACGAAUUGUGAUGGUGAUGAAGAAGUGCAUUGCUCGCAAUGGUGGAGUUGCUAUUGUUUUGGUGGUUGGGGAUGGCGGUUGUAGUUAGGGAUCAAGAGACGGAGGUUAGCGAUGGUGAGAAGGAUGAUGGCGACGAAUAACGGGGUUGGGAGAAAGGGCAACGGCAAAAAGCAAUAAUGGUGAUAUAGAUUUGUCACAAGGAAAUGAGACUUAAGGGGGUUAUCGGAAGUGAUGAGCGAAGAAGGGGUGGCGGUCGGCAUUUGGUGGUGUUAGAAAGGUAUGCGGCUGGAGAGGGAGUAGUGGUCAACGAUGAUUGUUAGGGUUAGUAUUAGGUUAGAGUUUGGGAUAGAGAGUUGAAGAAGAUGAGGAUAAUAUAGGAUUUUUGAAAAUUGAUGGUGUGAAGUGAGAAGAAAUCAAAAAAUUUAAAAUAUGUGGUGUGUAUUGAGAAAAUGGUGUGUACUAAAAGAUUUGGUAGUGUGUAAAUUGUUGGUUUUUUGGCUUUCGAAGGUUAUUAUUGUAAUUUUCAACGUGCCAGCAAUGAUCAAUCAAUCCUUACAGAAUAUUAAUUGCCAACCAAUCAUCAGACGAUUGUGUUUUAGUUCUUUCAGCCUCAAUGAAGAGGACUUUUACUGGUGGCUUUGUUUAGGAGGAUUAAGCAAACAAUGAUUAAAUGAAGAAUAAUUGUAGCAUUUCAUUAAGUAAAAUGGAAGACUUAUAAAGAUCUGAAUCAGCCUCGGAGAGGUUUAUAGCGACAAACUACUUGAAACUAUUCCUUUGAACGAAGUGGAGUGCGGGAAUUUGAAGUACAGGAAUGUAAAGAACAAUAAAUAUAAAAACUGGAAAGAAAAUAAAGUAGAUAAAAGUGGUUUUUUAGAUCUGAGUCUAGGGCUCUUUCUGGGACCCUCUCUGCUAUUUAUACUUCUCAAUGAUAAUCGUCGAAUUGAGCUUCUAACCGUCAAAUCAUCCCUCCAUGACUGUUGAUCAUGUUUCCUUACAGUUAGCUCCACUACGUCAUGUCUGCAGUUGGGCUUCCCUCCUGAUUUUUGAAUAUAAAUAUGAGUAACCGUUAAAGUCACGUCAUCUUGCACCUCUCUGUUGAUUCCAUGCUAUGUAGAUUCACAAUAACCAAUACUAACUGCCACGUAUGUGAUUAUGAUUGAAGAUUUGAAUUGUCUUCCCGUAUUACCCUUAUCCUGCCACGCGUUAAACUGUGAUUGGGUUAUACAAAAUAUGUAGCCAACAUUACCCCCUGCACUAAUAUACCCAAUUCUUGGUGAUAUUAGUGGAUCAAGGUAUUUUACCCACAUCUUAGAACGUGCAUGGGCUUUGCGCUUUUCAGAAAUGCAACCGACAUUCAUUAAUGAAACACUUGCAUUGAAUUCUCUUUUAUCCUUUGAUCAUCCCUACUAUCUCAGUAUUUGAAAAGACUAAUACAUCUUUCAUGGCCAAACAAGACUUUUCUUACAUUGAUCAAGCAUACGAAGAGUUAUUUGAUGAUGCUGUUCAUCCUCGAAAGAACCUUCAUGCAUUGAUUAGCCACCUUUAUCCGCCUCCAUUUAUAUAAGUUAUGGAAGCUUUCGCAAAUCAUUGACCUUCGAACCAAGAACCUACUGCUUACGAUUCUUUGGAAUACAAAUUUGAGGCCAUGGAUAUCGGAAGCUUUUCUUCUGGAACAAAGCCAUCCGUGUGAGACGAAGCUGUUGCUGCUUCUUCUUCUUCUACGACCUCUGGCUGGGGAACUUGGCCUACUCUUACUUAACCUUAGACGAGGGAACGCAUUCAUCAUCGUUUCCCUGAAUUCGAUGACCCUCUUGAAAUCCCCCCUUCCAAAUGCAGUUCUGUAGUAUAUCCAUAUGUUCCUAUUAACCAUAGACGCAGUCUUGAAGACAAUCUGCUUACAGCGUGGUAUACUUCUACCUUGCCAUCUCGGAUGGUUCAAAACGUCCAACAUCCUGAUGAAGCUCUAGGGAUCAGUCCUACGCUUUUAGCCAAAAAAGCAAAACUUUACCCCUCUAAUUGGCUAGAAUGUGUGACCAGACCUGAAUUUCUGGAUUCGCCCAGGGAACCCCCGACUACUCCUCAUCUGCCUUCUAAUCUAAAUUGGAUUGAUGAGUUGAGGCUCACUCUCUCUGAGGGCCGAUCCUUCCCCCCUUACUGGGUCCUGGCGCCUCCAACUCCUUAUCAGCAAUUCAGGGCUCAGAUCUUGCUUGCUGCAUUUUCUCAUUUAUCCUUUGAAGUCCUUCGAAAUUACAUUCCCUACAAAAACUUUCUAUGGGCUUAUGACAUUAUGUCUCGAAGUCAUCUUCUUAACCCUGUGGCCCAAAUGGAGCUUUAUACCUUUUUAGACCAACUUCCUCUCCUGCUCAACUGGCACUUCCAUUACUAGUGAAGUUCUGGAUGAAGCCAUUUCCGCUCGAAUCCAAGUUCAGUAUGAGGCGGAGAACCUCCUUGAUGAAUAUGCAGCAUUCAAGAGCCAAGAUUCUGAGUAUAGGGAGGAUGUUGCUAUGAACGAAGUGCAUGAAGAAGAAAAGAUGGAUGCCACAGAUAAAACUCUAAAACAGAUAGAAUUCGAAGUGAAUGCCCAACAACUCUCUUCUCAAUUGAGGGCUUACCAAUUAGAUAAACCAAAUCUAGACAAUAUAGAGGAUAGAGUAGGAAAAUAAUAUUCAUUUAUUGAAUUUUGUUAGACUAAAUUCCAUGACCUUGUAACUUUCUCCAUUCCAUAUUUCUACGAAAUCGAUAAUGUAAUAAAAUGAAUCCCAGUAUAAACAGCACUUAUCAAUACAACUGGGCUUUUCGAAUUUCAUUUAUCAAAUUCUGAUUUACCACUCCAAUUGUAAACUACAUGGUUGAUGUGCUUUGACUCCAUCCCAACUCAAACUCUUCCAAAGUGUGAAAUCUCCUCUUUUGAAAAAACAAUUAUUGCCUUAUAUAUCGAUUCUAGGACUAACAUAAUUCUUCAGCUAACAACUUCAAAUUAACCAACUCUGCCCUUCGAAACUUGAUUGGAUCAUAUUUAAUUCCCCAACAUAUGGUAUAUGGUUAAUACGAUUAAGUAAUUUCAAAUCACCUAAAAAAAAAAAUUCUUUGUUUUAAAUAAACAGUCUAUAUUUUUCAAAAUAUGGAAAUCUCUUUUAAAGACUGCACUGUUUUAUUCUAAACAAGUGAUUUCUUCUGUAUAUUAUCAAACCAACUAUUAGUUUGAAACUUAGAAUAAACAAUUUCUAACCUUAAGGUAUUUCAAGUUUUUGCUUCGAAGGAUUUUACUCUCACUAAGAAACCUAAACAUGUUUUUAAUCCUUUUGAAGUAAACAAAUACUUGAGCAUUCUUACAUCCUUAAGUGUGGAAUGUGUUUCAAAGUCGACUUCCUGCCUUCGAAGCCGUUUGUUAUUUAACUUUGGCGCCAAAAUUUGGCUUCGAAGCCAAAUAUUUCAUUUCGAAGCUGACAUCAGUAUUUGAAAUGCGUUUCUCUCCAUAACUAUCAAUGUUGAAGGAAACUUUUCACAUCUGUACCUUUAGCACUUCUUUAUGAAUCCCACGAUUGGGGUAUUUUUAGACACAAAGGUUUAAAACCCUUUUUAUUUCGUGCUUUGAAUUCACUCGUUUGCCUAACACACAAAUCCUUUAUCUUCUGUUGGCUUUCUUUUUCCUUUUACUUUCUUUCCCAACUUUGUCUUCUGAAAAAACCCUCUAUCAAUGGCUUCUUCUUCCUUGAAUGUACCGGAUGUGGAGCGUGCGAGUCCAUCUGUAGCCUUGAAAAGGAUCACUAAUGAAGAGUGUGAGAAGUAUAAGGCUAGUGGGAAAAGUGCCAUUGACGGACGCAUCUUUAUUCCUCGUCAUCAUGACCAGCAAGAAUAUGUGCUUGGGCCCAUCUUUAAGGAGAUUCCUACUGAGCUUCUAGCUCUGUAUCCAUGUCUAGAAGACCAUUGUCUUCUUUACGAAGGUGGUCUUAACUGGGGAAGUUGGAGGAUGAACCGCCCCCAUCGCUGUUAGCCCACAGUGAGACCAGAGUGAGAGGAAUGGUAUGAUCGGGUCGUCCCUAAUAGGACUCUGGAUCUUCAGGAGCUUUACCUCUUCGACGCCCUCCAAUUAUCUAGGUUCACCAUUUCAGAAGACCAUUUUUUAAUACCUGCUGCCCUUUGCUUUUGGAAUUCUGCUUUUAAUUUCUUUUAAUUCAGAUGUGGUAUGAUGGCCCUUACUGUUCUUGACAUCUGCCAUCUAUUAGGAUUGUCCUCUACUAGUACCCCUAUUGGUCCAGACUAUCCUGACCUCAAAACCCCUUUUUCUCUCCCCUCUCUGAACUCAUCCUAUAGUGACUUUGUCAAGGCUGAGAAUAAAAGAGAGGGCUCUGUGACUGAUAGGGAAUUCUUUUCUUUUAUAUUAUAUUGGCUUUGCAAGUUCCUCUUCUGCACCUCUUCUCAGAGGAUCAUGCCUAAAUUUGCCUCUCUUGCCAAAGCCCUUGUUUUACAAAGAAAGGUGGCCUUAGCUCCAUACGUUCUAGGUCAUGUUUAUAGAGCUCGUUCCCUUUUUUAUGAAAGACCUUCGGAUACCAAUCAGGGAGGCCCAUUUUGGAUACUUCAACUUUGGCUUUUUGCAUAUUUUACUGAGUUACAAUCUAAAUGCCUAAAGUUUUUGGAUACAAACCCUACCACUCAUGGCAUGAAAUUAGCCAAUGUUUCACUCUAUUCUUCUAACUUUGCUUUUUAUUUUUCUUUCUUCCACCAACUCCCAGCUUCCCUUUCUUCUCACAGCUUCCGUCCUUUCGAACCUAUCAAUAUUGGCCCAUCCUAGUUGAGGACCUUUUUGAGUGAUAGGUCUUGUUCUACACCCCAGCACAAAAACAUGUGGGUUUCUAUUUUGAUUCCUAGAGAAUUAUUCAUUGGGACUAUGAACCCCAGAGCCUACUAAUGCAUUGCUGAGCCUUAUUGUUCCACUCAAUUUGCUAGGCAAUUUGGAUUCUCACAAGGGGUCCCAAUACCUCUCUGCAGCCAGACCAAUUUAAGCCUUACCAGCAGGGAUCUGAAAGUUCGAAAAUCUAGAUUAGAAGAAGCAACUUCCAAAUUCAUCUAGGAUUUUAUUAACUUUGAGUACUUCCCCUUCAUACCUCAAAGCAACAUAUUGAAAAGGUGCCAGAACUGGUGGAUGGCCAAUAUGAAGGUACACUUUGCCAUUCCUCCUCAAGAUCUGUUAAUGGUACUGGAUGUACCUCAAACCAAGUCAAAAGGAGCUGGAGCUGUUACUUCUUCCACUGCUCCUGUUACUUCAGUUCGUGCACCUGUCCUCACAAAGUCUGUUCCUGUUGACUCAACUCCUUCUAGAGUUACUCGAGCUGUCACAAAGAAAAGUAUGUAUCUCUGUUUCUUUUUUCCUUCUCUUUUAUGGUGCUCUUGUCCUUAUUUAUAAUUCUUUCUUUGGUGUAGGUGGUGCGGGUGCCUCUCAGGGAGAUUCUUCCCAAAAGGUUCAAGCUUUAAAUCUUCUGAAAAGGAAACAGCAACAACAGAAGAAGAGAAAGCUCUUAUUUGACCUUGAAGAAGAAAUACCUGAGGUUCGUAUAGGAGAAACGGAAGCAGAACAAGAAGAGACAGAAAAAGAGCAAGAGACACCCUUGAAGAGAAAGAAGAAAAUGACUGUUUCUCUGUCUGAUUUCACUAGAGAUCCCAUUCACGAAGCAUCUGCUAAAGCAGUGGAAGUAGAGCAUUCCAAAGAGCUUAUUGUAUUUCAAAGGGCUGAGAAGAGGAGGCAACAGCAAAUGCUUAGAGAUGAAGUUGCUGCCGCUGAUGCACUCCAAAGAGAAGUUGCAAGACAACAAAAAAACUGCUGGACAUUAUACUCUUCCCAGCUCUCCGAUCAUAGCCACUACUUCUUAAACCACAACAACUCCUUCGCCUUCUCCUUCGAUAAGGAUUCCUUCAGUUUCAACUGAAGUUGAACAACCUUAAAAUGUGGAGCCAAUUCAAACAAUACUUCCACUUCCUGGCCCUAUAUUUUCCAUACCUUUCUUGAGGUCAAGCAUUCCUGUAUCCCUAUCCUUGGGCUUGACUCUAUACUUUCCUUAUUUAUCUUUCAACUCUGUUCAAUUUGCUCUUCAUUUAAGCCUUACUGCUCCUUUCCUUCCUGAGGAAAUUCCAGCUAUUACAUCAUCUCCAAUGAUAGCUGAUUUCCAUAGAGAAGACACUGGUAGCUCUCCAAUUCCUUAUCCAUUUUCUUUGCCUAACUCCAGUCCCUCUUCUCUUGACCUACUGGUAGCCAAAACUAUAGAGACUGCUAGGGAUACUUCACCUUCUUCUCCUAUUCCUAUGCAGCCAUUUCUUCCUUCUACCAGAGCUCUUUCUGCACCUUCCAUGUCCAUGGAUGAGGUGACAUCUUUGAAGCUAGGCUAGCUAGUCUCUUUGACGUACCUUCUACCUCUCCAACAAUUAGCCAUGAAACUGAGCCAUUAGUCCUAGCUGAUUCUCUACUAGAAAUUUUUGAGAGCUCUUCCUCCAGUGGUAGGACUUCCUUGCCUUCAGUAGACUUGGACAACUGUCUGGAGCUACUAACAUCCUUCUCGAGGAUCCCUUUCGAAGCUUUACAAAGGCCUAUAGUCAAAAAUGGAUUCUUCUAGUACUGCAAGAUUGUUGAGCAAUCCGGCAUGAUUGUUUCAAGUCAUUUAUCUCAAGUGGCAGCCACCAUUGAUUUUUACAUCAACAUUUGCCAUGUUGCCAAGGCUGCAGAGGAGAAAUUGCUAGAAGACUAGAGUUUUGUUUCCAAAAUACAUGCUAAAGUGUCAGAACUGAAGGAACAACAUUCCUCUGUCUCCCAAUUUCGAGCUCAACUAUUGGAGAAGAAAGCUCAGCUUGAAGAGGAGUUAUCAGCAGUCAACCAAGCUUUAGAUCAAACUGCCACCAAGUUGUAGAUCACUAAUCAAGGACUGGCUGAUCGAAAGCAGGAGAUGGCUACAGCCAUUCAGUUGUUCCCAUCUUUUAAGAGUAGAGCAUCUAUUGUAAAGGAACAACUGAAACAUUGUACUGACUUUUUGGGCAAUCUAUGGCUACAUGU